AUGAGCGAGCUCCUCGACUACAUCCUCAAGAACGAGGAUGCAUUCAGAAGAAACCGCCUCCCUUCCCUCUACUCAGACUUCGCCCUCCAAAAGAAGACAAACCCCGAUGGCUACGCCAUUAACGUUGCUGCAUGGGAACAAGCCCUGAACAACGCCGCAAAGCGCGGCCACACUUCAUCCCGCGGUGUGCGCGUGCGCUCGGGGUCUACAAGCUCCCAGAAUAAUAGCGCUACUCGGCGCAAGAAGACCGAUCACCUCAUUCUCCGCACCGACGAGUCGCUUUUGCGGGACUUGGAGCUGUCAGACCUCGGCAGGCCCGUGGCACUGGGUGCUGUCUUUAAUGAGGCGAUGCAGAAGAGGAAUAUGGUGCCGCUGCCGAUUUACAAGACAGACGCCGGGUGUUUAAAGAAGAGCCAAUGGCGUAUUAUUGAUCCCAUUGGGGGGGUUCGUCAGUUGAAGGGGGCUGUGAUUGGCUCGGAUGAAUCCUCACCUAAAUUGCAGGUCCAGGAGUUGGUGCUGGUUGAGAAUCUUAAGGAAGCCGCAGACUUGGUUAUCAAAAGGGCUACCGGGUACAAGCCAUCUAAACUUGAUCUUAUAUAUUCGAAAGAAAGCUUCGUCGAGCGAUUCUCAGACGUAUUGCACGAUGCGACAGAAGUCUCAGAUGCAGAUUUUGAUAUUCUUCUAGUAUAUUUGUCUCGCGACUAUGGCGUGAUAUCAUAUGAUGGGAAGACGAUUAAAUUCAAGUCCGCAGGCGACUCGACAGACAUCACUCAGCAAGAUUCGACCAUCGCUUCAAUCAAGACACUUGUCUCGACGAUAACGAGACAAGUCGAGGGCCUCGAAGAAAAAAUUGCCGACUUAACAGCCUCCGCAAAGACGGCCCUCAAUAAUAAGAAUCGCAUCACGGCUCUUUCCGCUCUCAAGUCCAAGAAGUUGGUCGAACACAACCUGCAGCAACGCCUCAAUACACUUGCGCAGCUCGAGGAAGUAUAUUCCAAAAUCGAGCAAGCUGCUGGACAGCUGGAGAUCGUCCAGGUCAUGGAGGCAAGCACAGGUGUUCUUCGUGGUCUGCAUGCACAGAUCGGUGGCGCAGAGAGAGUGGAGGAUGUCGUUGAGGAAUUGCGCCAGGAGAUGGCGAAGGUGGAUGAGGUUGGCAGUAUUAUGAACGAGGCCGCACCAGUAAUAGACGAGGGCGAAAUCGACGACGAGCUGGAGGCAAUGGAGCAGAGCGGCCGCGAGGCCAAGGAGGAGAUCGAAGCGGAGGAGACGCGGAGAAAGUUGGCCGAGUUGGACAGCCCGAAGGAGGCAUCGGGCGAGGUGUCUCGUCAAAGGCAAGCGGACAAAGAUACAGAAGCCCAGCUGACCAACAGGCUUUCAAACCUGUCGGUCGAGGAACGCCCGAUGGAAGCAAAAUAA